AUGGGAGGGAGACAAGGAGGAAGAAUUGGUGGUUCGAUAUCGUCGAGGGUUUUCUGGGAUUCCUGUUCCUUGCAGAUAGAGAGGUGGGAGAUUUGGAUGGCGUCUUCUGGGUUCCUGUCCCUUGCCGAGAGAGAGAUGGGAGAACGAGCUCCGUUCAAGCUCCGACGCAGGUGCGUGAAGGCGACGUGGUACUGGUCGACGGUCUCUUCCUUCACAGUUCCGGAAGACGGUUCUGAACCUCUGGCGAUUCCGACUGAGAGAGAGGUCAAUAGCAACAAGGAGCUUGAAGGGCUCUCAGGUCCAAUGAGGAAGGAUGUUUCACUAGAAAAGGAAUACAGAGAUGCACUUGAGGCUUUCAAUGAAAAGAACAGAGAAAAUGUGGAGCUUAUCACAAAGCUAAUGGAGCUGGUGAGCCAAAAUGAGAAGACGAGGAUGAAGAAGCUGGAGGAGCUGAGCAAGAACAUAGAAUCUUUAAAGUGA